CGGCGGCGCCAUCAUGGAGGAGCCGGAGAUGCAGCUGAAGGUGAAGAAAGUCACCGACAAGUUCACGGAGAGCCUCUACGUGCUGGCCAACGAGCCCUCCGUGGCGCUCUACCGGCUGCAGGAGCACGUGAGGCGGUCCCUGCCGGAGCUGGCGCAGCACAAGUCCGACAUGCAGAACUGGGAGGAGCAGAGCCAAGGAGCGAUCUACACGGUGGAAUAUGCCUGCAGUGCCAUCAAGAACAUGACUGACAGCAGCGUGUAUUUCAAGAGCAUCGACAGCCUGCUCAAACACGCCAUAGCCGUGAAGGAUCAGCUGAACGCCGCGCAGGGCCGCAGCAACGUUGCCCAACAAGCCAAGAAUCCUCCAGCCACCUCCUGAUUUCAGAUGAACCGGCCACCCUCUGCCUUGGCCUCGGUGCAGCUCCAUGUCCUCCAGCUGCCUGGAGGAGGGAGGAACCUGCUCCGUGUGUGAAACUGCACAGAUGCCUCUGCCUCUCCAUCUGAAAGGCCAAGGAGUUGUACCUGAGCAGGCCAGUCCUGCUGCUGCGGUGAGACCUGCCUGGGGGAUGUUCUAGGGAGCAACUGCGUCCCUUUGUAGAGCCCUCUGCAAAAGGGAGAGGAGAUUGUUCUGCAUUUGUCCUGUUCUUUUUUUGUCCGAUGACAGACUGUUCUGAGUCACUUUU